AUGGCUGACCAAGAGGUUCAAGAAACCCCCGCUGAGGUCCCGACCACCACCGAUGUCCCCAUGGAGAAAGCCGACGAGGAAAUGAACUGGAGGGCGGAUUCCCCCAAGGAUGGCACCCAGGCUUCCAGCACCACCGAGGCUGCGUCGACCAACGAGACUGCUCAACCGGCCGCUGGUGAAACCGAGAAAGAACCGGAAAAGGAGAACUCGGCACCUCCCCCCGCUGCGAAGGAGCCGGCUCCUCGUGCAGCCCCCACUGUCCCCACCCGGCAAUAUCUGGACCAAGCCAUCGUUCCUAUUCUCCUCCAAGGCCUCGGUGCCCUCGCCAAGGAACGACCGGAGGACCCCAUCACCUUCCUCGCCAAUUUCUUGCUCCGCGAGAAGGACAAGUACCACGCCGGCAGCAGCAAC